AUGGCGCGGACUGUGUUUUAUGGCUUGAUCCUCGCUUUUUUUGUGCUGUGCGUAGACGCUUUUUCGUUGGAACAGCAGCUGCGGGGGGAUUUGGGUUCUGCUGGAGUUGGGCGGUCCGCCAACUACUGCAAGGCGUUUGACUGCGGUGUAUCGGCGUCUUGCGCAUCCGAGGCGGAUGACGGUGCCUGUGAGUUAUUGAUGAUGCCUGAUAGCGACAACGGGAUCCCAACAGGUUUUGAAGCACAAUCCGGGUUGUCUCGGAGGGAGAAUUUAAAACUGGUUAAUCGAGCACUGAACGCACUGGCAGUGGCAGCGGCGGCGGCUCACAACGCCGGGGACGGGUCUCAAAGGGCCAAGGCGGCAGCGCGACGGGCCCAAGCUGCGAUAAAAGUAGCAGAAGGGGCCAAAAACGCAAUAGUGGCAGCAUCCAAGCUGGUGAGGGGAGAGGCAGUGAAGGUGGCUGAAAGGGCAGCUGCGUCUGUCGCCGCGAAUGUGGCAAUUGCGAUUGUGGCUGCGCAGAAGGCCAACGAGGCGUUUAAGUUGGCGGAGGAAGAGGCACGGUAUAGUAUGGGUGUGGUUGACGUUGCAGUGAAGACGAUGAAUGAUGCGAAGAGUAAUGCGAUGAAUGCUGAAUACAAAGUUGUCAAGACCGAACGAUUGGUGUUCAUUGCGAAGGUCGCUGGACGGGCUGGUGCGAAUGCGGCUGUGCGCGCGGAAUGUGCUGUGGAAAAGGCUGAGAAGGCGAGUGCCGCUGCGAUGUUGGCACAGGACCUGCUCGCUGAGGCUGCGAAUGUAGUUUCUGACGAAGGGCUAAACUAG